AUGAAAGAAAAACACCACAGUAAAAAGCAUAAAAAACACAAAAAGCAUGGAAAGCAUAAAAGUGAAAAAAAGAAGAAUAGACAAAAAAGUUCUUCAGAUUCUUCCAGUGGUUCUGAUACCGAUAAUUGGGUAGAAAAACCUUCUACAAGUAUGUCUUCUAAUAGAGAUGACUGGAUGUCCAUGACAGGGAUGUUGAAGACAUACACAAAAGACGACAUACGGGAGAAAAGGGAGGAAAAAGAAAAGAAAACUAUUGACUCAUAUAAUCCGGCCACCAGCAGUCGUGAACUCAAUCCUUAUUGGAAACAAGGUGGUACUGGUGUGCCACAAACUUCCCAAGAAAUUCGAACAACAAGGCAAUUCAUUAAACCCUCAAAUGAUUUCGGAUUUACAAGAAAAUCUACUGGAGAUUAUAAAAAAGAGGAUGAAGCCAGUGAGUAUAGAAGGUCAUACAACUGGAAAAGUAGAAGUAAGGAAGAAAAAUAUAAGCAUGAAGUUAAGGAUGAUAAAAUAUAUCAACAUGAAAAUAAAAUUGAAGAGAAAACAGAAGUAGUUGAUGAACCAGUUUCAAAACCCAAAAAAACUACAUCAAAUUUAUAUCUAUCAGAUGAAAAAAUGAAUAAGCUGGGAGCAAAAAUUGUGAAAGCUGAAAUUAUGGGUGACACAAAACUUGUCGAUGAAUUAAAAGCCAAAUUGGAAGCAGCUAGAGAAUAUAGAAAGAAUAAUCCGGAUGCAGGGCCAGAGAAUGAAGAAGAUAACAUCAUGCUGAUGUCUACAUCUAGUACUGGUAAUACUAGGCCACUGAUGAAACCCCAGAAGAAUAUUGAUAGUGGGAAACGUAAGGCCAAAACCCAUGACCCCAGUGGUAGAACAAAAUAUUUUGCUAGUGAUGACCAAUAUGAUUUGAAUGAAAUGUUCCAACAAGAAAAAUAUGGUUCAAAUUAUGAUGAAGAUGCGGAACUAGCUAAAAUAGCAGGGAAAAGCAAAAACCCCAAUGAUGAUUUGGAAGACAUAUUUUUGGAUGAAAUAACUAAAAACAAAUCUAAUGACGCCGAGAAGGAGAGGCAAAGGGCUAUAAAGCAGCACACUAAAUUAGAAAAAUGUUUGGAAGGCUGUGAGCACUGUAUAGAUUCUAAAAAUAUGCUCAAACAUCUUAUCAUAACUUGUGGCAAGAAGGUGUACAUGGCAUUGCCAGCAAGAAGGUCUCUAGUGAAAGGGCACUGCUUGAUAACAACAUUACAACACUCUACUUGUGUUACUGGUUUAGAUGAGGACAUUUGGGAAGAAAUUCUAAAUUACAGGAAAAUGAUCACGCAGUUUUACAACCAAAAGAACCAUGAUGUAGUGUUCUAUGAAACAGCAACCAGACUUCAUCGGUUUCCGCAUAUGGUUAUAAACUGUGUCCCACUACCAAGAGAUGUUGGAGACAUGGCAUCUAUAUACUUUAAGAAGGCUUUAUUAGAAUGUGAAGCGGAAUGGUCUAUGAAUAAAAAAGUGGUUGAAUUGAAAGGAAAAAAUAUUAGGAAGGGUGUACCUAAAGGCUUGCCAUACUUUUGGAUUGAUUUUGGAAUGGAUCCUGGUUUUGCUCACAUCAUUGAAGACCAACAACUGUUCCCAAAGAACUUUGCAGAGGAAAUCAUUGGAGGUAUGCUUGACCUUGAUCACACCACAUGGAAAAACCCUCAAAAAGAAUAUGGAGAUUUACAAAGAAAAAAAGUUUUAGAAUUUCUGCAAGAAUGGAAGCCAUUUGAAAAAUCAUUUUCUGAAUAAUAAUAUUAACUGUGUAUAAAUUAAAUCAGGUUUUU